AUGACAGCGACCACACAUUACCUGCCCAGCAAUACUUCGUUUGUAUUCUCCAGGUCCGACAACUGUCUAAGGCUGCCCCUGCCUGAGUCCUUUCCGUGCGCUAGUCCCGAGGACUUAAUUACUCAGUCAACGAGAGAGACAGUUGCAAGUAUAAUAUACGUGGUAGUUCUUCCACUGUUGUUUGUUAUUGGUAUUAUCACCAAUGUCCUCAACUGCGCUGUCUUUUAUAGACAAGGUUUACAGGGUCGAGUCAACACGCUGCUGUUUAUGUUGUCUCUGCUCGAUCUUCUGUUUAUAAUAGCGCUUUAUGCCCGAUACUUUAAUUACACACUGGGACAACUGUUUGGGAAAGAAGCUAGAGUGCGCGUAAACAUUGUGCUUAUUCGCCUCCGCCUUGUGUGCAUUCCGGAUAUCUUAAAUGUCAUCUCCAACCUUGUCUCCACGCUCAUCUCAGUAGACAGAUGUGUGCACAUCGCCCUCCCUCUACAGGUGCAGAGUCUGGUGUCCAGGCGAGGCUUUUGGGUCAUAUUUGGGGUCGCGAGUCUCGCUCUGGCCUGCAGCGGUCAGAUCAUUGUCUUCAGCUACGACACAGCCUGUGCCUAUUAUUCCGACUCUCAGGUAGAGCCCACGUGGCUCGUCAUCCCCUCCACCUUCUACCUGGAGAACAAGGCCUUUCUUGACAUCCUGGAUUCCGUGGUAAUGUUUUCUGUUGUUCCUUUUCUUUCCCUUGCUGUAACGGCCGUAACCACCACGGUCACAGUAGUUAAGUUAAAUUACUCCAUGAAAUGGAGAAAUAGAUGUUCGAGCUCUUCUAAGCUGAGUGGAGAAGAGAUCGGUCUGACUAGAAUGCUUGUCGUCAUUUCCGGUAUCUACAUCGCGUGCGUCAGUCCACGUGUCUUGACGUCCUUGACCCGACUCCUAGUACCGGAUUAUCGCCCCUGGACACGUCUGUGUAAUUUAGUGGUUGUCAUGGAAACCUUAAUGAACGUUCUUGUGGCCAUCAACUCUGUCAUCAAUUUCUUCGUGUACAUUAGCCUGGGAUCAAAGUUCAAGCAAACGCUGCGAAGUCUUGUGUUGUGUUAG